AUGAAGUUUCAAAAGGUGUUUGAACGGAUGCGUGAUGAAGAUGAUGACUAUAUUGCAUUCUUUAACUCUAAGCAAGAGGGAGGUGUUUUCUCUGGCUCUAUUCUUGAUGAUUGGAAAAAUGCUAAAGUCUUCAUCAAAUUCUUAAAGAUCUUUUAUGACAUAAAUUUAAAAUUUUCAAGCUCCCUUAUUGUAACAUCAAAUGAUUGUUUUCAUCAAAUUGCUCGUGUUCAACAGAUGUUGCAGAAGCACAUUGAAAAUAGUGGUAAUACUUUUUUGGUAGAUAUGAGCUUUAAGAUGCAUAUGAAGUUUGAUAAGUAUUGGGGUCAAGCAGAUAAUAUGAAUCCAUUAUUAAUUGUGGUUGUGAUUUUAGAUCCUCAGUACAAAUUAGUUUAUGUAAAUCACAUGUUUGAACUCCUUUUCAAUAACCCUGAAGAAUGUGCAUUGAUGAUGGAUAAGGUCAAAACUUAUUUGUAUCGAUUGUUUGAUGAGUAUUCUGUUGGGAUUUCUACUGAAUCAGGGCCUACCCAUGUUACUAAUGUAUCUACAAGUUCAUUGCCCUCUCUUGAUGAUGAUGAUGAUGACGACAACAUUGAGGAUCCAGGGGCAAUGUGGUUAGAGUCUUUGAAGAAAAGAACUUCAAUGGAUCCACAAAGUGAGCUAGACAGAUAUCUUGCAACUGAUUCUAGAGCUGAAAUCUCAUCAUCUGAUUAUGAGUUUGACAUAUUAUCAUGGUGGAAAGAAAAUUCUGAAAAAUAUAAAAUUCUCUCCCACAUGGCACGAGAUGUAUUGGCUUUGCCAGUUUCUACAGCGGCUUCUGAGUCUGCAUUUAGCACUAGUGGACGUGUAGUUGAUCAAUAUAUGAGUUCUUUAUCCCCUAAAAUGGCAGAAGCAUUGAUUUAUGGGCAAAAUUGGCUGCAAAGUGGGCAAUCUCUAUCUGAGUUGGUUGAUAAGCUCCAUGAGUUUGAUAACUUUAAUGAGACAGAAAAUAUUAUUCAGCUUACAAAUUCCAUUUCUUUUGACCCCUUUUAUCUAGAGGAGGGCAGAUUUGAUGCAUUCCAGAGCAAAUGUUGGUUUGCAUGUUGGGAGUUAGGAAGAAAUCUUUUGUUAAUUGGAGUCUACUCUUUCAAAUUGCUGUUUCUCAUAUGA